AUGGCGUCACAAGACGCAGACUGCUGCUGCCUCUUAGGCAGACCAAUCUUUGAAUAUCUUGAUCAUCCUGCCAUCUUCAAAUUCAGAAAGGACUAUCAGCGGCACCGUUUAGGUUAUGCAAAAGGUGCAAAAGGAGAAGUAGGCGAAGCAUUACGCGAGGUGCAGCAGGAGCCCCACCAGCAGCAACAGCAGCAGCAGGAGCAGCAGGAGCAGCAGGAGCAGCAGGAGCAGCAGCAGCAGCAGCAAGAGGAGGAGGAGGAAUAUUUAUCUCCUUUUUAUUCCCCUAUACAUAAAGAUGAAAUUCUUCUAAGACAAAUUGCACAAUGGAGAAUUGCAUACCAACGAUUCAGGAUGGGAGCUGCAAGAGGAGCAGCAGGAGAUCUUGAAGAAAUCGCUAGAGGACUCAGUCUGAAGGCAUUAAAGUUAUUGCCUGUAGUUCAAUUAGCGGAGGUAUUAAAGAGAGACAAAGAAUCCCGACGUCUACAGCAGCAGCAGGAGGAGGAGCAGCAGCAGCAGCAGGAGGAGCAGCAGGACCAGCAGCAGCAACAGCAACUGCAACAGCAGCAGCAGCAACAGCAGCAGCAGCAGCAGCAAGUACCUACACCGCAUAUACACUACGGAGGAGGGAAGCUAGGCUUAGGUCUUGUAUUAAAGGCAAUGAUUAAUGCUAAUAUUCAUGAUCUUAUUAUUAUACAAAGAUAUUCAGGUGUAUAG